UUGACGCGAUGGUCCUGGUCUAACAUUGCCUUACCCGAUACCUCUUCUCUUCUGUCCUCUCAUCUCGGUCUCCUGCCCAUCUUGGUACCUCCUCUGUAUCCCCUUGACUUCUUCUUGCCUGCCUCUCCAGACAUGCCGCCCCAGCUCAAAAUCCACGUUCAGGGCUCCGGCUCUGUCUUUCGCACCGCCGAGCGUGGUGUCCUGUACAUUGAGAUUGCAUGUACAGGCACAGACAAGGUCAGCGUCUCCUCCACCGUCACCUCGACAACCGAGAGACUUGUCACUACGUUCAGGCAGUACGCGCUUAAGACCGAGGACGGCCUGUACCCUCACCCUGGCGCAGGCAUCACCACCUUUGCUGUAUCCGCUCCCACCACGCACUCCUACGUACCUAUGGAAUGGGUCGGCGAUGAGCAUAGGCCUGCCGCCAGGCAGUACACUGUCAUCACCAACGCAGAGGUCGUCUUCCGCGACUUGAGCUUGCUCGCGAGGCUGGCCAGCGACAUGACGGCCAUGCCCAACGUGGGCAUCGACCGAACCGAAUGGAGGCUCACCGACGCUACUAGGAAGCUUAUCACCCGCGAGGCUAGGGUCAAGGCCAUGGAGAAUGCUGUGGAGAAGGCACGAGACUAUGCCUCCGUCGUCGGACGGAACAUGGUGGCUGUGAGCAUCGAUGAUGGUCCCUCCAAUGUGACUUUUGCAAGUCCGUUCCGCUCCGGUGGGUUUGGAGGCGUGCGCAUGGCUCCGAUGCAGCAGCAGAGGCAGAUGCAACCACAGCAGAUGCAGACGCAACCACGGCAGAUGCAGAUGCAACUACAACAGAUGCAGCAAAGACUUGCUCAGGCUCAAGCUGCUCAGGCUCAAGCUGCUCAGGCUCAAGCUGCUCAGGCUCAAGCUGCUCAGGCUCAAGCUGCUCAGGCCCAAGCUGCUCAGACCCAAGCUGCUGGUACAUCGGUCGAAGGGCCCUCCCUGGAGCCUUCGACCAUUACCGUCGAUGCCCAGGUUGAUGUCAAAUUCGUGUCCACGGACGGCGAGGAGGUGGAUAUGUCCCUUGGAGACGACUGAAGCCUGUGUGUCUCAUCAAUUUUUCUUCGGAGCCUAGACAAUUGAUAUUUUUCCUUGUUC